AUGCAACAAGUGAUUCACAUAGAUGAGAAAUGGUUCUACAUGAACCCAGAGACAAGGCAGUUCUACCUCUUGCCAAAGGAAGAAAACCCAUACAUGUGUCAGCAGUCUAAAAGGUACAAAAUUAAGGCAAUGUUCAUGGUAAUGAUUGGGAAGCCCCUUUAUGACUUAAUUGGGAACAUGCUACAUGAUGGUAAUUAUGGAAUUUUUCCAUUCACCUACCAGCAGAUAGCCAAGAAGAAAAGCAAGAACAGAGAUGCAGGGACUCUGGAAACAAAGGCUGUGCAAAGUGUAACCAGAGAAGAAAUCAGAAAAAUGUUGUUAACUAACAUCCCAGCAAUACACAUGCAAUGGCACCCUAGUUUGUCUAAGGACAUAUUCAUUCAAUGGGACAAUGCCAGACCACAUCAAAUUUCAAGGGAUGAAGAGUUCAAGGCAGCAUAUACAACACAUGGGUUUAACAUACAAUUGAUUUUCCAACCUGCACAGUCUCCAGAUCUCAAUGUACUGGAUCUUGGAUUGUUCAAGGUCAUUCAAUCCUUGCAAUACCAGUCAUUUCCAACUAAUAUUGAGGAGUUAAUAGAGAAGGUGUAUGAGGCCUAUGAAUGGUUUGAUCCAAUACUGAACAAGUAUACAUGGAUCACUUUGCAAAGUGUUAUGAAAAUGAUUCUAGAAAAAGAAGGGGGAAACAAUUUCAAUCCACCUCACAUGGGGAAGAGAAAGUUGGACAGUCUAGGCCAACUGCCAGAAUUUCUAGAAGUUGAGAGGGAACUCAUUCAACAAGCAGUUGAACACCUCAACACACUUUUUAUUCCAAUUCAUCAACAACAUGAAGAGUACUUAGAUACAGAGGUUGAUGCAGACUAG